UGACAAAAAUAGCAUCAGCGUUAUAUCUCACAGCAGAAACAAGUAAAAACAGGCUUCAGUUAGGCAGGUUUGAGCCUUUGUAUGCAGAAUGGAUUCAGUCUUUUCUGUCGUUGGAUCCUGUGUUGACUGGGAUGUCAAAAGUCUGCUGCUCUUCACUGCAAUUUUCAUCCUCACUGCAGAUUAUAUUAAGAACCGUCGGCCGGACAGCUUCCCUCCAGGACCUCGGGUAUUUCCUAUUGUGGGCAACAUAUUCAAUGUGGAUUACAACAGGACCCAUGAGAGUAUGACACAGUUAGCAGGGAAAUAUGGAGAUGUGUACAGCCUGCGAAUGGGCCAGAGGUGGAUUGUGGUGUUAAAUGGGUUUGAGGUUCUGAAAGAAGCUCUGGUAAAUCAGGGAGACAGCGUCGUGGACCGCCCGGACCUCCCGCUAGAGAUGGAUGUCGGUCAUGGACUAGGUGUAAUGUUCAGUAGUGGCAAAAGAUGGAAGCAGCAGAGGCGAUUUACACUUUCAACCCUAAAAUAUUUUGGAUUUGGCAAGAAGUCUCUUGAGCCUGUCAUCUUGGAUGAAUUUACACAUUGUGCAAAAGACCUCAUCAGCUAUAAAGGUAAACCAUUCAAUCCUCAAUUCACCAUCGACAACGCUGUAUCCAACAUCAUCUGCUCCCUGGUUUUUGGUCAUCGCUUUGAGUACAAUGAUGAGAAGUUCAUGAAACUGAUGAAGUGGUUUGACAGAUGUGUCAUGAUUCACGCCUCCAUCUGGGCACAGGUUUACAACUCAUUCCCUCUACUGAUGAGACGUUUGCCAGGGCCACAUCAGACAGUCCAGCACAUCUGGAACAAUUUAAAGGACUUCGUAAGAGCACAGAUGAAGGAGCACCAACAGAACUGGGAUCCCUCAGACCAAAGAGACUUCAUCGACUGCUACCUGAAUGAGAUUGAGAUGAAUAAGGGGCAGGCUGACAGCACUUUUGAUGAGGAAAACCUGAUUACUUGUGUCUUGGACCUGUUUGUGGCUGGCUCUGAGACCACAUCCACCACUCUGCACUGGGCUUUCCUCUACAUGGCAAAGUACCCUGAGAUCCAGGCAAAGGUCCAGGCUGAGAUAGACAGAGUGAUUGGACAGUCCAGACAGAAGUCCAUGGAAGAUCGUGCAAACCUGCCCUACACUGAAGCUGUCAUUCAUGAGAUCCAGAGGAUGGGCAACAUAGUUCCUCUCAGCCUGCCUCAUGUUACUACCAAGGACAUCCAGCUGGGAGGCUACACAAUCCCAAAGGGCAUUACAGUAAUCCUCAAUCUGACCUCGGUGCUGUUUGACAAGAAAGAGUGGAAGACGCCCAACACCUUCAACCCAGGACACUUUCUGAACGAGGAGGGCAAGUUUGUGAAGCCAGCUGCUUUCAUCCCUUUCUCUGCUGGUAAGCGGGUGUGUCUCGGAGAGAACCUGGCCAGGAUGGAGCUUUUCCUCUUCUUCACCUCCUUCAUGCAGCACUUCACCUUCUCCAUGCCUGCUGGGGUGAAGCCUGUGAUGGACUAUUGCUUUGGCAUCACUGUGGCACCACGUCCAUAUGAAAUCUGUGUAACUUCACGCUAAAAGUAGCUACCAAACAAUGUAUAGACUCAUACAUGUUUUGGGCAUCUGAGAAGUUAAAUUUCUCUUUGUUGGAACUGCUAACAACUCACUGACAUCUGAAAUGGUGUCUCAACUAGACACUGCUUUUUGCAAGUGACCAAACGCCCAAAAUGUUGGUAGCUAUUGAUUUAAUCUAAACUGCUUUAUAUUUCAUAGGCUUAUAUCUUAACUGUUUUUAUUAUAACUACCCAACAGCAUUUGAAAUUGUUAAAAUUAGCUCUGCCUUGACCAACUACAAUUGUAAAAUGAUAUUUGCUGAUCAAUGCAACAAUAAUAAUCAUCCUACAAUAUAAUAUUCACCAGUCUAACACUCACAGGGGGCAUUUUCUAAAUUGAGUAUUGUUACUAUACUAUACAUAAAUUACAUUUUCAAUGUUUAACGUCAACUUGAAUUGGAGUAUCUUCAUAUACUUAUAUACAGGGGUGACUGUGGCUCAGUGGAAGAGCAGGUUGUCCACCAAUCGGAAGAUUGGCAGCUCGAUCCUCAACUCCUCUAGCCUACAUGUCAAAGUAUCCUUGAGCAAGAUGCUGAGCCCCGAAAUUGCUCACAAUAACUGUUACAUUGGUGUGAGAGUGUGUUUAAAAACUGAGUAGCAGGUGGCACCUCGCCUCGGCCACCAGUGUAUGAAUGAAUGGGUGAAUGUGACUCGUAGUGUAAAAAGAUUUCAUUAUUUUCAGCAGUUUACGCAAGUUUGAGAUCAAAAGUCGGAUCUAAUUUGUCUGAUUUUCACUGCAAACUGAAUACUUGAACAACCCUGGAAACUAUGCAGCAAGGUUGUUCAGAAAAAAUACACACAUAGAUAAAUGUCUUUUAUUUUUGAGAACUUUCUUCUCCUUCUUUCUCCCAGUAAAUCUCUUAUUUGGUCUGACCAAUGACUAGGAAAUUGAAACACCUCAAUGGUGAUGCUGAUGGCCCCAAAGUGAGUGUGAAAACAGACAGAGUUCAGGUGUGUAGAGAGACAGUAGGGUAGAAUCGUCCAUGAAGUCACCACCAGAGGAGGCCCUUUCCGCAGUCUUCUCAUUGAUAUUAACAGCUGUACAACACAUUUCCUGUGCUUAAGAGUUGGUUGCCCUCUGCUGGACACAUAUGUAUGGACACAGCAGCUCCCCUCCCGGCUAACAGCUGGCAGCCUCCCCGCGCGGACAGCUCUGUGUCCCCCUCGCACACACCACGGAAACAGAGCAGCAACAGAGGAAACAGAGUCGCUUAACUCAUAAAGGUGAGACUAUGAAACUGAGCAAUAACAAAGUUAACGGGUCACAAGCCAGUGCCAGGCCAAGAGCCAGAGACCAUUCUGCCAAAAACAAAGCUAAGAGGAUAGACACCAUUCUGAUUGGGGAUUUUAUAACGAGGCAGGUGGAAAUGGCCAGGACUGAAAAUCUAACUGUGAAUAACACAUCAGUCAGAGAGGUGGCAGCUAUGCUACCAGACAUUAUGUCUACACGGCCACAUAUUAAGAAGAUUGUUAUUCAUGCUGGCUCAUUUGACAUCCUCACGAAUAAAUCUGGGUCUGAGACCCUAAA